CACUGGACAACGAGGUCGUUGCGAUGUCAAGGGCAAUGAGCAGGAUCAAUUCGCUCAGGAAUUCUCUGAACCCUUUCCAUCGUCUUCCUCCAGAAAUAAUCUCGCGAUGCUUCCACAUUCUUGCUUCAAUGGAGCCGCCUAUGUAUAAGGAAGUCGUGUCGACUCGGAUACGAUGUCGAGGACAUGUACAUCUCGAGUGUGUGAUAUCACUUGGGUGGAUCAAGGUUACCCAUGUCUGCGGUACUUGGAGGUGUGUUGCCCUUGGGGACCCCACCCUCUGGCAGGACCUCUCGUUCUUUGCGAUGAGGCCUCGCUGUUUCUCAACGAUCUCGCGCCGCUCCAAGUCCCUUCCACUUUCAAUUACAUGCAGGAUACCGCCUUUCCCUGUAGUACGCGAACUUUUUACACGCCAUUACUCACGUGUACAGUCAAUGCGUCUGUACGGUGGCCCGCUUCAUUUGGGAAACGUCCUACGAAUUGCCAGGGAACCGUCACCGGUUCUGAAGUCUCUUUCAUUGUUGUAUUCGGCUGUUGAUGAGCACGAUGAUGGUUUUGACGGAAAGGCAUUGGAUGGAAUUAAGGCCGACCAGCUGUUUCCAGCCUACCUCAAGGAUCUACGAUCAGCAUACUCUGGCUCAGUGCCGUCGAUCUUCACCGGCACCGUCGAAUCCUUGACCCUCGUCGGAUUUCCUUUUCCUGGCCCACCACUCCAUUUCACUCCCAAACUCACGAGCCUGGUAGUCUCUCUGCCAGCGCCCUCCCGCCUCAGCCUCAUAGAGUCGGAGAUGCGCCAACUCUACCCCUCGUUGGGCCAGUUUCUCGAUGUCUUGGAGGGGAUGACUACCUUGACUUCCCUCGAUCUCCGGUACUGCUCACCAUACGACGUUCAAUACGAUCCCUCGUACCCGAUUCCACGCACCGCUUCCCUCCCGUGGCUCGAAAAUCUGACUUUAGUGAAUAUGUUCGAGGGCUUGAUGGGUGUGUUGAUGGCCAUUCAAGCCCCCAACGCACGUCUGCGAAUUGGACUUUAUGGGGAUCCGGACGACGACGAGCUUGCCUCUGUCUUUGAUGCUGCUAAAUGUAGCUGUGGCCGUGACAUCGCAUCCCUGCGCUCCCUCUACGUUCAUAUCGAUACGGACCUACACAAGCGAGUCACUGUCUCCAGUUCUCCAGUUGUAUCCUGGAGUCUCAAUCACAAUCCACACGAUCUCUUUGCCCCAAACCAAGUCAAUUCUGAUGGCCCGAUUGCCACCAAACGCGACCGAGACUUCGCUUUCGCCUUACAACGAAUAGAUUGUUCCAAGGCUGUCGAAUACUCGACUGUGAUAUCGGUGGUACGGUGUUUCACUGAGAACAUCGUGGAGCAUCUCUCGGUUCAGAACUCCCAGAAGAAAAGCGAUGAUGUCCCCUGCUCUAGACGAUUCUGGUCCCACUUAACCGAGAACAUGAUCAACCUCCGCCAUCUCUCCAUCGAAUACAUGCCCCUAUCAUCCCAUGACCUCAAACUCCUCUUGUAUCGAUGCACAGGCUCGGAUUACUGGGACGAGGAGCUCGACAAUAGUGACGCAGCCUCCGAGGCUAGCUUGGGCUGGGUUGCCGAAGUGAACGAGCUUCGCCGCGAUCUGCGGUUGCAGAUUCCCAAGCUGGCGGUCGUCAAAUUUCGGGGCAUCAAAUUGUCGACGAAGUUGUCGCAUAUGAGGAGCCUGUUGGAGCUGCGCAAGGAGCUUGUCGGCAAUGCAAAGGGACGGGUUGAUGCUAAUGCCAAGCUGCAGAAGAUAACAUUUGACCAUUGUGGUGCCAUCGGUGCAGAGAGUCUGUGCCUGGAUGGUUUGCGAGCGCUCGUUGAAGAGGUCGUCGUGAUGGAUCAGGUGAUGAGGUGGUAA